GGAGGGGCAGGUGGCGGCAGGAAGGGGCCCCUGUGGUGAGGGGCUGGACGAGCGGCCCGUGCGCACCCGAGGCUGUAAGACCACCUUGCCUCUCCUCGGACAGCACGUCGGGUAAAACGAGGUCGGCCUGCCUCCUUCAGAGCUGGCCCCCACCCUGAGGAACCAGUCUGGGGGCUCUGAGCAAAGGGUACCCAUCACCUUUAAAGGAAGACACGCACGUGCGUGCCAUGGUUAAAAAAGAUUCUGCUUUUCGGUAAGUUCCUAUAUACGACCUCUCUGCUCCCAUCGUCCCCCACAAACAGAAAAAACAAGAACCACCCUCUGUCCACACCCGUCGUGUUUCUGGUAUUUAUUUGCCUGCUCCUCGCGGUCUUUAAAAACAGAGGCAAAUGGUUUGCCUCCAGGUCCCGCACAGCAGCGCUCCCGGCCGCAGACUGCUCUUGGCGGCCGCUCAGGGGCUGCGGCGUCGGGGCCAAGGAGCCGGGCUCCGCGCAGGGCGAAAGGGAGAAGCGGUUGUCAACGCCGCCGUGGUGGCCCCGACCUUCCCUGCGUUCUGGGGCGCUCCCCCCACCCGCUCCGGCAGCCGAGCAGGGCCUGCAGGACUCCGUGCGGAAGCCACGAGGGGCCACGAGGACGGACCCGUGGCCAGCCUCCCAAGAAGCUGAACGAACUGCCCAUUUCCAGAGGUCGGCACACUAAAAAGUACUGGUUUGGACAGGAUUUAGGAGGAAAAGCGGAGAUAAUAAGGCUUUCUAUUAAAACCUAUCCGAGGGGCUGCAGUGUCCCUUUGGACUGGGUGAGUGACCGGGGGCCAGAGAGGGCGUGGGCCGUCAGCCGUCCUUGUGAACCAUUAAAAUGUUGAGUCUGUGGUAACAGCAGUAGCUAGUUACCCUUUCCGAAGAAAUGCUUCCUUGAGCUGUUUCUUGGUGUAUGUUGUUUUUAAGAAAAGUCACCCCUUUCCCCUCCGUUUGGCAUUGGCAUUGCUGGGGUAACCACACCCCCAGGACCCCGGAGACUGGUGUCUCAGAGGGAGCUGGCUAGAACGGCUACUCCUUCGUUAGCCGCCUUGUGCUUCUAAAGGCAAAAGCUGCACCGAGAACGACCAAGCCUUAGUUCCAGAAGAGGGUCCAGUACAGCUGCUUCCUCUGCCUGACUCCACGCGACUGGACGCAAAGUAGUCCCUUCCUUCCAAUUCCAAUCAAAUGAGAGAACGAACAAAGGCAACCACUUCGGUGGUGUUCGCUGGUGGAGCCGAGGAAAAUCUGUCCCCUGCCUCACUGUUACAGAGCCGUACAGCCUUUCCCUGCUGGCAGUUCACAGCAGCACGACUGCAGCAGGACGUGGGGGGGCUGGGAGGGAAGCAGGGUUAGAUCCACGCACUGAGGAAUGUCAGUUACUUCACGAAAGGAGAACUUACGAGAGCGGAGGCCUCCAGGCAGCCUGCCGAGGCGACGGCCGGGUACUGAGGGCUUUCACAGCGAGGGGGGUGUCCGGCUGGCUUAAGGGGCAAGCGGAGACUAAAACACUUUAACCUAAAACUGUUUCGAGCAGUUUUGUACUAAGAGCCUCCUCAUCCAUCCUGACAUUUUGGGAAAUACAAACAAGAUACAGCGGGGCACAUAAUUGGGAAAAUAUUAAGAUGUAAAAGCCAAGUAAACAAGUUUCAAAUGUUAUGCACAUACACGCAGAAGGGCCUUGGAGAGCUGAGCUACUUCAGAUAAGUCUCUGUGCAACAACUCAGGGUAAAAACAGCCAGCUGGGAGGCCGAGGGAAUCCUUCUGCCCGGGGAGGGCAGCAGGGUCUGAAGGUAGUUCGGCCCCACCCGCGAACCAUGUCCACUGAGCUGAGGUCACAGGGAAAUGGGCCUUCACCAUGGCUUCAACUUCCAGCUUUGAACACAAAACUGUCCCCCUUUGCUCUUUAUAAACACAACUCCUACUGGGAGUGGAGCAGACGCACACUGAUAACACUAGAGAACGGAAACAGAUCCAAUAUCCGGGUCCCUCCCAGCGAGCAGACUGCAGGCCUGGACAGGUGGUCUGGCUGGCCACCUCCAGUGGAAAUGCCUUGGGAAAAGCCAGAAAAGCUCUCUGCUAAGCGUGGCUAAAAGGGACAGAAAUCCCUUUUAAGGAAGCUGUUUAACUUCAAUAGGCUGCUUUGCUGCCAGGAUCUUCAGUUCCUCUGAACAUAAGCCGAACCACAGACUGCUGCACGUACGUCUGGGUCCUGGCUCCCCCCACCCCAUUCUCAGGGCUUCAGCACCAGUUGUUAGCCAAAAAUAAACACCAUUCCUCAACCAUAUAUGUCCACCAGCCUGGAGCCGGGGAGGACGAGGACGAGGAGGAGGGUCAGGUCCCCGGGCUCCAGGCACACUGUGCGGCCGUUGCGCGCCAUGCACAUCACCCAGCUCAACCGGGAGUGCCUCCUGCACCUCUUCUCCUUCCUGGACAAGGACAGCAGGAAGAACCUGGCCAGCACCUGCCCCCAGCUCCAGGACGUGUUUGAGGACCCCGCACUCUGGCCCCUGCUGCACUUUCGGUCCCUCCUAGAACUCAAGAAGGACAACUUCCUGCUGAGCCCUGCCCUCAGGAGCCUCUCCAUCUGCUGGCACUCCAGCCGCGUGCAGGUGUGCAGCAUUGAGGACUGGCUCAAGAGCGCCCUGCAGAGGAGCAUCUGUAGCCGCCACGAGAGCCUGGUCAAUGAUUUCCUCCUCCGGGUGUGCGACAGGUGCCCCAACCUAGCGUCCGUCACGCUUUCGGGCUGCGGCCACGUCACCGACGACUGCCUGGCGCGCCUGCUGCGCUGCUGCCCGCGCCUGCGCGCGCUGCGCCUGGAGAACUGCGCGCGCGUCACCAACCGCACGCUGGCGGCCGUGGCGGCGCACGGGCGCGCGCUGCAGACGCUGCACGUGGACUUCUGCCGCAACGUGAGCGCGGCCGGCCUGCGCCGCCUGCGGGCCGCGUGCCCGCGCCUGGUGCUGCGGGCCGAGCACAGCGCAGCCAUGAUCCCGGACCAGCUUCCGAGCGCGCCCGGCACGGCCCUUCGCAAGCUGCUGCCGCGCUAGGGCGACGACGCCGGGGCACGACACCCAGCCAAGGGCCCCGGGCGGAAAGAGCGAGCUGGUUUCCAACCCCAGCUCCUCCACCGCCCAGACUGUCGCCACAUCUCUGAACCUCAGUUUGCCUGUCUGCAAAAUGGGGACACUAAUGCCUACCUCACAUACGGUUUUACGCACAGGAGUGCGAGAUUAACGGGAUGCUGGGCAAACUCGGAUAGCUCUCACUAAACGCCAGCCUCUGUCCCGACGCCUUCCGCCCGGCUCCUCCGCCACUCGCUGUCCGCAGCCGGAGAAAGGCCCACACCGUCCCCGGGCACUGCUACCGCCGCGGGCGGCCGAAAUAACCCCCAGGCCUUGGCGUGGCCUCCGGGUAGAGCGCGGGCGCAGGCGCCGUGGGGGAGGGGCGGGCCCGGCGGCCGGCCGCGCCCCGUGCGCUCACCCCGCGGCCGUCCGUGGUCCGGGCUUCCCGCGAGCAUGGAGGGGGGGAAGCCAGGGCGCUCGGCCCACGAUUCGAGAAAAUUCGCCGGUGUCUGUGAUUCUUAACCUAAACCGCAUAGUUACCCUAAUUAUCUGCCGUUCUCCUAUCACAAAGGCAGAAGAAAUCAUUUUUAAAACCCUAAGUAAAGAUUUGAAAACAAAA